UUAACAACGAAAUCGCACUCGAGAGGCUCAGAAGGAGGGUUUUGUAACCAUCCUCUCCUUUUCUUUUCCAGGUGAAAUAUUACCAGAAAGAACUGGAGGAGAUGAAGAACAUGUCCAUACGUGAGUACUUCGCGGCAAUUCGAAGAACCAGCAAUGGCUACGUGAGAGGCACCUCUAAGUACCGCGGAGUCAUUAGGAAGCCUUCUGCAGGGAACCCUACCGUGAUCAGAUGGCAAGCGAUACUCGGAAGGAGCAAAAAGUUCAGAGGAAUCUACCUCGGAACUUUUGCCACCGAGAAACUAGCUGCGAGGGCAUAUGAUGUAGCCGCGAUCAGGGUGAGAGGACCAGAUGCUGUCACCAACUUCAGCAAGCGACAUUACAACGUGGCUGAUAUUCUCAGAAGGCAAGAGCUGUACUUUGGAGACGGCACUUCCAGAAUGUUUGAGCUCUUCAAGGUGGAUGAAAUCCUUACAAGGCGGAGAACUAAUGCAAACCAGACGAAGCCUGAUGAAGGUUUACGAUUUCGACACCUGGUUGAACGACUGAACAUGACUGGAGGAGCUGCUGCUGCUGCUGCUGUCCAGAAUCAGAAUCCUGUCCCUCCUCCAAUCCAACCGGUUACUGCUACUGCUCUGCUGAUGAUGAGCGGUGGUGGUGGCUGGACCGGGCAUCUGAAUCGAAGCUUGGAGGUGGGCAAGGUUGAUCCAGUGGAGAUGGUGGGAGAGAUUUAUGUUGCUGCUGUGAACACUACCGGCUUCCCUUCUCCCCAGGCUGGCGGAAUUCAGACUCCAAUGGAUCUGAGGGGAUUCAAUAGUAACAAUGCAGCACUUCAGCCUCCCCUCCAUCUUCCCCAACCACUCGCUGAGCCCGGAUAUCAUGUGCACGUGCCCACCCUGCAAUUCCCAGGGGUCAUGUUCUCGCCGAAGAACGACCAUUGCCCUAAUGGAGUUGCAGCAGGCAACCAAAGGAUUCCUAACAGUGGACCAUUUGCUGAAAAUGUAGAGGGGUGGCUCAGUCUCUGAGUCGCCGAAUCUUCGAAUUUUGUCCUGCUCUUUGCUUAUUUUCCUGUUCUAUGUUUUCCCUUUGAGGUUGUCUGUCGGAUUGUCAGUCUGUGUGUUGUUGUAGUAAGGUUUCUG